GUCUGUUUGCAGUCUCGUCUCCUCUCUGAUCUCGUCUCUCUCUUUUCCUUUCACACCUUCUUUUUUUCCUCUUCCUCUGUCUCAUGCUCUGGAGCACGUUACAUCCACACUGUGGCUGUUGACCAGAGCAGAGGCAGGUGGGAACGCGGGACAUACUUCAGCCCCCACCUUCUGUCUCUCUCUCUCUCUCGCUCCCACCUUCUCUCUCUCUCUCUCUCUCUCCCCAUUUCUCUGUCCUCUUUUAUUCAUUCCUGUGCAUGGGCAAGGGGGACUAAGAUGGACUCUUUGGGUCUUUUCAUCCUUCUGCUGCUUCUGUGUUUCCAGGGGACAGCUGCUUCUGAUGCCAACAAAAGUCCCUGGACCUACACUGGCUCGGUGGGUCAGUCGCAGUGGUCCGAGUAUUUCCCAGACUGUGGUGGAACAUCUCAAUCCCCUAUUGAUGUGGUAACCACCCAGACUAAAUAUGACCCCACUCUGAGUCCUCUGACCCCACUGGGUUACAAUCAACACGGCAGCAAACCCUUCACUCUGCACAAUACCGGACACACAGUGGUGAUCGAGCUGCCAGAGUGGAUGGGACUGGGGGGGCUGCCCUGGCUCUUUACAGCUGUACAAAUGCACCUCCACUGGGGCAACGGCGGCCCGGACCACGGCAGCAGUGAACACACCAUCAACGGUCUGAGUGCAGAUGCAGAGCUUCAUGUGGUUCACUACAACUCUGAACUCUACCCCAACAUUUCUGCAGCGAUGAGACAAAGAAACGGCCUGGCUGUUUUAGGAAUUCUCAUUGUGACAGGUGAGGAGACGAACCUGGCAUUCAACAACAUCCUCAGCUACCUGAGCCGCAUCAGAAACGCAGACCAGAAAGCAUUUAUCCCAGCGUUUGACGUCCAAUCCCUGCUCCCGAAGGAUCUGGGAAGCUACUACCGCUACAACGGUUCCCUUACGACGCCACCAUGUUAUCAGGGCGUGAUCUGGACGCUGUUUCACGAGAUGGUUCAAAUCUCAAAAGCACAGCUGCUGAAGUUAGAGACGAUACUUUACGCCAGCAGAGCUGAAGACCACGAGAAGAUGCUGCUGCAGGACAACUACCGUGCGACACAGCCACUCAACCACAGGGUCAUCUUCACUUCCUUCUCUGGAGAAUCUAGGAAGGAGCUCACUUCUGGCGAAGUCACUGCCAUCGUGAUAGGAGUGAUGUGUGGCUGUGUAGGUCUGGCGGUCAUCGUUCGCUUCAUUGUGAAGACAAUACGAUUUUUUACUCUCCUUCACCAUGAAAGAGUUGCGGUAAACAGCUCUACCUCUAGCUGGGACAUCCUGCCCAGUAACCGGCCUGCUCCCACACCAAGAACAAAGGAGCCAGAAACAGCAAAAGAGAAACAACAAGACGUGGUACUGAACUCAACCACUGAAGGACAAAAGACAGAAGAGUCCUCAUCAUUUCUUCAGACUGAGCCUUAGCUGACUGUUCUGAGUUCACUUCAGGCCCCGUUCAGGUGCUCAGUGACAAAUGUUCUCCUCUUUGAUGCCAUCAUCAUUGGUCUAGGGGACAGAAAACAAACAUGUGCACACCCGGCACUUGUAAAUAUGCAGUGGGAAUUUUUUUAAUUUUAAUUUUUUUAAAAAGGAUGAACAUGAACUGAACACAGGACAAAUCACCUGCUGCCCUGGUGACUUAUAUGAUCUCUGUUAUUUUCUCCCCCAUCUGAAUCCAGAGAUGUUGACAGUCUUAUCAGUAUCUGACAUUUCCUGUUUGCAUGUGAAGCACUGUGUGUAAAUAUGUCAGUUUGCUGACUCUGAGUUGCAUGAUUUGGUCAAUGUAAAUAAUAUACAUGUAUGCAGUAGAGUGGGUUUUUUUUCACGUUUGGCCAUACUUUCAUCAUGUUCAUCCUGCCUUGAAACAUGAGCACACUGGGUUUUUUUUUUUUAAAUGUAAAAGACUUGUUUGUUGUUUUAUUAAUAAUCAAUGUAAUAUCAUGUUAUUUCGCCUUGAGAGUUGAUAAUUAACACAAAGUGGACAAUGUGACAUUAAAACAUGAGAUUUAAAGGUGAUAAAUGCAAGAAAUUCAUCUUAUUGACAUGCAGUGGCAACAAUGUGGCAUCAGAGCUUAAGGAAACAUGAAAUACUGGCAUCACUGACAACAAUGGUGCAGCAGUAUAUUAAAUAAAUUUUUGAAUAAAUUUGCAGACAGCAAAAAGACUGGGGUCCACAGCCCAGUCAGGACAAGGGCCUUUCUACAUGGAGUUUGCAUGUUCUCCACGUGUGUGUGUGGGUUUCCUCUUGGUUCUCUGGUUUCCUCUCACAGUCAAAGAACAUGCAAUAUGGGACGCUACCUGCAACCUCUCAGCAAGACAAACCGUUUACAGGAUAAUUUGUUCCCGCAGCUAUUAAACUAGUUGAGUAGUUGGGCAGAAUUUUAAGUAUUGUGUUUUUCUGGGUUUUACUGACAACAUUUACUUAUUUAUUUUUGACAUUAUUGUUUUUAAUAUUGGGCCACACAGUCGGUGUAGCGGUUAGCCUCUAGCCUCGUACAGGGUGCACCCCAUCUUUCGCCCUAUGUCAGCUGGGAUUCGCACAAGUUCUACCUGUAGUCCUGGUGCAGGUGGGUGAAACAAUGAAUUAAUAAUGUGAACAGAAUAGAGACAGCUAAAGUCUUGCAAACAUUAUCAUGGCCUUAUCCCACCCCACCUAGACACAAUAAUGAGUUAGUUCAGAAAUGUGUAAAUGCUUGCUGUGACAAUAGUGUUUUGUCUGGCAUGAAAAGUUUUAUUCAGUUUGCACAUGUAGUUUGGUCUAUUAGAAGGGUAUUCCACCCAUUUAUGACACAAAAAACUCUUCUUUUGAGCAGCUGUUCUCUAAAACCUCUCUGCGUUCAUGAAAAAGAAGAAAGAGACAGAGAGAGCGAUGGGCAGCUCAGUGGCUUUGUCCAACAUCACUGUUUAUUGCAUGUCAUGCAGAAAAAGGAAGAUGUGACUAAGUAUUUUGCUAUGGUGACGCGGAUUAACCCACAAUUUCUCAGCGCUCUCUCCUAUUCUCUGAGCCACUGUUAUACCUAAUAAAAAAAAACCUUUACAAAUGCAUAGAUAAAGUACUGCCCCCCCCCCAACAACACUCUUGUGGAGAAUA